UAGUGUUGUGUAGACGCGUCUGACCGUAAUAAACCGCUAACGCCGUGUAACGUCUUAUUCGUAACUAAACGCAUAGUAAAAUAUGAAUAAAAUCAACCAAGAUUUGCAAAGAGAACGUGACAAAUGUACGUUCAAUAUUCAAGAAUUAACGACUUUGAUUGACGGAGGACCAGAGAAAACAAGAGAAAGAAAAGAUAGAGAAAAUGUAAUGCUUAGUAAAAGAGAGGUAUUCGACGGAGUUCCAGAAGAGUAUCUCAGUCACAAGGAGAGAUAUGAAAAUGCUAUCAGAAAUUCCGUUAUUGCGUUUAGUUUGGUACGAAAAAUGCAGGAAGAGGGGAAGACAAGUAUAAGUAAUUACAGGGACGUGGUCGGAGGUCUUCUUGGAUCGUCCGUGCUAAGGGAUGGUUCCCCACUAGGACUGCAUUAUAUCAUGUUCAUGCCGGCCAUUUUGAAUCAGGGUAAUGAGGAGCAGCAAGAGAAAUGGCUGCCUCGUGCUUGGAAUUGCAGUAUCAUCGGUAGUUACGCUCAAACGGAGUUAGGUCACGGCACGUUCAUCCGCGGUCUGGAGACGACGGCGACAUACGACGCGGCUGCAAAGCAGUUCGUGCUGCACAGCCCCACACUCACCGCAUACAAAUGGUGGCCUGGAGGACUUGGUCAAACCGCAAAUUAUUGUAUCGUAGUAGCUCAGUUGUACACAAAAGGACAAUGCCAUGGCAUCCAUUCUUUUAUCAUACAAGUUAGAGAUGAAGAAACUCACAUGCCUUUGCCUGGAUUAAAAAUCGGUGAGAUUGGCGCGAAAUUAGGCUUGAAUGCGGUCAAUAAUGGAUUCCUGGGUUUCGAUAACUUUAGGAUACCGAGAACUAACAUGUUGAUGAAACAUGCACAAGUUUUAGAAGAUGGUACUUACGUUAAAUCUCGGCACAGUAAGUUGAAUUAUGGUGCCAUGGUGUUUGUUAGGGUUGUCAUCGUGUUUGACAUGGUUAACUAUUUGUCCAAGGCGGUAACGAUCGCAAUCAGAUUCUCAGCAGUGAGACGACAAUGUCAAUUAAAAGCCGGUGAAGCCGAGUGUCAGAUCUUGGACUAUGUGACGCAGCAGCACAAGCUGCUGGUGUGCGUGGCGGCCGCGCACGCCUUCCGCAUCACCGCCAACAAGCUCUGGGUGACAUUCAACGAGGUCAAUGAACAGCUCGUCGAAGGAAAUAUGCAGCGACUGCCUGAAUUACAUGCACUAGCUUGUUGUUUGAAAGCAGUCACUACGGCGGACACAGCGGCAUGCGUGGAGCGCUGCCGCCUCGCGUGCGGAGGACACGGCUACAUGAUGUCGUCCAGCUUACCACUUACAUACGGCCUCGUCACUGCCGCUUGCACAUACGAGGGCGAGAACACAGUUCUACUACUGCAGACUGCCAGAUUUUUAGUAAAGACAUAUCAACAAUUGGACUCGAAGACCCUGACGCCGACAGUCGCGUAUCUGAAGUCGGCAGCAGCUGAUGGGUUUUGCGAUAGUUGGUCCAACACUACGGAUGGAAUUAUACGGGGAUUUCAAGUAGUCGCUAUGAGGAAGAUUGGCCAGUGUGUUACAGUAAUGACGAACAGGGUGAACAGAGGUAUGUCAUUUGAAGAUGCUUGGAACAUGACAUCAGUGCAGUUGGUCGCCGCCGCUGAAGCACAUUGUAGAGUUAUAAUAAUGUCGACUUUCUUGGAAGAAGUGCAGGAAAUGUCGAGGACAGUGUCGCCGCAACUGAAGGAUGUUCUAUACCAGCUCGUGGAGUUAUAUUGCGUUUAUUGGGCAUUGGAAAAACUAAGCGAUUUACUAUUGUACACGCCGAUUUCUCAAAAGGAAGUUGAAUUGUUACGAUUGUGGUACGAAGAGACGUUGACAAAAUUAAGGCCGAACGCAGUCGGUUUGGUUGAUGCAUUUGAUUUACGAGACGAAAUGUUGCAAUCAACGCUGGGGUCUUACGAUGGUAGAGUUUACGAGCGUCUGAUGGAAGAAGCUAUGAAGAGUCCGCUCAAUGCUGAGCCUGUCAACCACACCUUCCAUAAAUAUUUAAAACCUUUCAUGCAAGGAAAAUUGUGAUAUCAUGAUAUAUUAAACUGUGAUUUAUUAUUUUAUAAAACAUAUUUUUCGAUUUCAUUAAAUUGCAUUUUCAUUUUUACAUA